AUGGCCUCUUCCAAGACGCCCCUGGAAAGCGUUCGAGCUUGUUGGCACCGCGUCUCGCAGAAUUCCCCAGUCUACAAUUUCUUCUUUUCUGAAAUUGUUCUUGUCUCUGCGACCAACGGGUCUAUGGUGGCUACCUUGAGGGUCACACCGAACCAUUUGAACUCCAAGGGCACGCUACAUGGAUCCAUGUCAGCCACGAUUGUAGAUUGGGCGGGGGGCAUGGCCAUCGCAAGCACGGGGCUUGAAAAGACAGGAUUAAGUACCGACAUCCACGUCUCAUAUGUCUCAACCGCGAAGCUGGACGAUAUCCUGACCAUUGAAGGCAGUGUCAGCAAGGUUGGUCGCAACAUGGGCUUUACAACCGUGACUAUCUACAAGGGAGAAGGAGACAACCAGUCUACGGUGGCCCAUGGUACACAUACAAAAUACAUCCUACGUGAUCGGGACGGAUCCUAG